AUGCCUGAUUCGAAUAUCCCACAAAAAGAUGUAUCUAUGACAGAUUUUGAGGAUGCUAUAGCUAGCAAUACUAAUUCUAUUACUCAAAGCUUGUCUCAAAUGAACAUAGAUGGUCCAAAUGAGUUGGAACCUCAGACUCUCACUAAACAUAAGUCGACUUUAAUUUUUGAUGAUGAUGAUGAAAUACCACCUUAUUCCAAUCAUGAAGAACAUGCAAAUGAUUUGGUUUCAGAUUCAGGUGAUGAAAAUGAUUCCACUUCUCAUUUGCAAAAUGGUAGUCAUCAAAAUUCAACCAUUGUAUCUCAACCUCAGCAACAGCAACAGCAACAACAGAAUCACCAGCCUGCACAACAGCAGCCUGCUGGUCAACCAUCUUCUCAGCCACAACAAAGAAAUACCGUAAUGGUACCUGUAGAUAUUACUUGGCAACAAGGUGGUGAAAAGGUUUAUGUUACUGGUUCUUUCACAGGUUGGAGAAAGAUGAUAGGUUUAGUGCCUGUCCCCGGUCAACCAGGUGUAUUACAUGUAAAAUUACAAUUACCACCAGGAACUCAUAAAUUCAGAUUUAUUGUCGACAAUGAAUUGAGAUUUAGUGAUUUUUUACCGACUGCUACUGAUCAAAUGGGUAACUUCGUUAAUUAUUUAGAAGCUGUCGCUCCACCUCAAACAUGGACUGAUGAACAGCAACAACAAGAACAACCACAAGAUCUACAAACUCAACAACUACUAAAUCAGCAACAGGUACAACAUGCUCAACAACCACAGGUUCAACAACCACAGGUUAAAGAAUCCCAAGUUGCUAAUGAUAAUCAACAAGAUAUUACUCGUCCAGAAUCUACAACAAAUAAAAAAUCUAAAAAGAUGCCAACUAGUGCUCGUUCAAGAAUUGCAUUUGAAAUUGAACAAGAGCCUGAUGAUAUGGGUGACGGUUUCACACGUUUCCGUGAAGAAAAACCACUAAAACCCCAAUUAGAAUAUACUCAAGAUAUCCCAGCAGUUUUUACAGAUCCUACUGUUAUGGAACAAUACUAUUUAACUUUGGACCAACAGCAAAACAAUCAUCAAAACUUAUCAUGGUUAACACCUCCUCAGUUACCACCACAUCUGGAAAAUGUGAUAUUAAAUAGUUACUCAAGCAACUCUCCAGAAACUGGCCAAAAUAAUUCAGGUUCAUUACCAAUCCCCAACCAUGUCGUGUUAAACCAUCUGGCUACCAGCAGUAUUAAACACAACACCCUUUGCGUCGCUUCCAUUGUUAGAUACAAGAGGAAGUAUGUCACACAAAUACUUUAUGCACCUUUACAAUGA